GCUUUACAAAUAACUGGAUAUUACAGUUUUUCUAACAGUUUGUGCUUUGGUCGAGAUAUGCCUGCCUGCAGCCAUAUUUAUUGCCCUAUCUAAAAGAGCUAUACACACCUUUCUCUCCCUCUCCAAGCCAUAUCUAGACUAUAUCCAUAGACCCAUAAAACUACAGCACUGUUACAUAAGUAGAAUGAUUUAUCCAUAUUCACAUUGUUUCCUUUUAAAAGUUCCAUUCGAUGGGAAGGUAGCUUGUUGCCCACAUGAAAAAAUGACAUGGUAUCCCCAACAAAUCCAGGAAAUUAAAAACCAUAACCCCUUUCAUCUUUUUGUGCUUGGAAGCUCCUUUUCUUUCUGCGUCUGCACAUAAUUAACAACAAAGAAAAUUUGUUUAUACUUGGCAUAUUCAUCAUUAUAGUGUCCACAUGGCAACAUCGAAAUUGAGCAUGGAUUACAGAAGGCGCAUUUGGGCGUAUGGUGACAGCAGCAUAUAUUAAUAAUUAUAUAUAUACUGUGGGUGGGUUUAUUUUAUUUCUUUGUUUUUAUCCGAGGAAGAGAGAUAAAUUAUCAAGAAUCAUAGAGAUAGAAAAAGCAGGAGGGCCUCCGAGUUCAUAAAGCUCCAGUGAGUAAAAGAAAGAAAGAAAGAAAUAUGGUAAAAUGUAAGGACUUGUUUGAGCAGGGAAGGGAGUGAGCCUUCCAAUUUGGUUUAUAAUUACGAAUUGAAAGGCAACUAAACUAAGAUAGUGGUUGAAUUUAUUUUAUUAUAUUGCAAGGUGGUGGGUGGGAGUGGUGAUGCUAUAUUAUGUACAUCUCAUCUGAUCCAUACAUGGUUGUUGUUUGUUUAUUGCUUUGUAUUUAAUGUUGUGAAAACAAAAGAGGGAAAGCAACUUGAAGGGCUUGUUUCUCAUCCAUUGCCUAACUGCUUUUAUUGCUCUCUCUCUCUCUCUAUCAAUCAGUUGGAUAAGAAGCAGCUAUAAGGGCCAAAAAAGUAAGCCAUGGAUGGUUCUCCUUCUCGAAAACUGGAGUCAGAAGUUUCAGACCUCAAAUCAGAAACUCGGGCUUCCAAAAGAAGGAAGGUUGUUGAGAAGACUGUUGUUACAGUGAAGAUCGAAGCAAAUGCUAGGAAGCUGAAGAAUGAUGGGCCACCUUCUGAUUUUUGGUCUUGGAGAAAAUAUGGCCAGAAACCAAUUAAAGGAUCUCCUUAUCCAAGGGGCUAUUACAGGUGCAGCACAUCAAAAGGCUGUUCAGCAAAAAAACAAGUGGAGAGAUGCAGAACAGAUGCGUCGGUGCUGAUCAUCACUUAUACUUCUAAUCAUAAUCAUCCAGGCCCUGAUCUUCACAGCACAGGCCUAAACAAACAACUAAAUGCGUCACAGACACAGCCCAGUACUGAUGAUCAAGAUCAUCCCAUAACAACUCCAAAACAAGAAGAGGAAGAUGAGAUUGAGAAACACGAUCAACAGCCCGUUGAAUCAAUCAGUCACAAAGAUGAGAGUGCGGAUCACAAUUUUCACUACUUACAAUCCCCAGUAAACUGUUCGCAAGAUAUCAUGAUUACCCAAGAAGACCACCCUUUCAUCGUCGAGAAUUCUUCAGAAGAAACUCAUAACACAUUAGGUAUUGUCUUGGAUGAAGAACCCAUUUCUCGCCCAAGACUAAUGACAUUUUCAACACCAGCAUCAGAAGAAAAUGACUUCUUUGAUGAGCUAGAAGAACUACCCACUUAUUCAUCUUUCACUAGCUUCAUGAGAAGCAAUUUUUUUGAUGAAAGGAUUCCUGUUGUCCCUUCUUGAUCUUAGUGUUCUCAUGGGGCUUGCCGCCUUGAAAAAUGUACUUAACAAUGUUGAUAUAGGAUAAUAUAUAUAAAUUGCCACUACUUGCAGUAGUAGUUGUUGUUA